AAUCCUGCAAGCGGUCCCGCGUCCGGACAUGGGCGAUGUGGCCGUGGCAAGCGCUCCGCCACCGGCCCUGGCUGGCCUCCGCGUGCAUCCGAGCCGGCCGGCCGGCCUUCGGCUUCCAUCGCUGGAAGACCAGGCCUCCCGAGCUCCGUCCGCCUCCCCUGCAGGGCGAGCAUCGCCGCCGCGCGACCGGCUCCGCACCAGACCUCGCCUAUAAAAACCAGGCAAAUGAAGGAGGGAAGAAGACAGUUAUUUGCAUCGAGGGCAAUAUUGCAAGCGGGAAAACAACAUGCCUGGAUUAUUUUGCAAAAAACACCAAUAUUGAGGUUUUGACUGAACCAGUGUCAAAAUGGAGGAAUGUUCGGGGUCAUAACCCUCUGGGCUUAAUGUACCAAGAUGCAACACGGUGGGGGAUAACGCUACAGACUUAUGUGCAGCUUACUAUGUUGGACCAGCAUACGAGGCCGAUGAUUUCUCCCAUAAGAAUGAUGGAGAGGUCUAUUCACAGUGCAAAAUACAUUUUUGUAGAAAACCUAUACCGAAGUGGGAAAAUGCCAGAAGUGGAUUACGUUGUAUUGACAGAAUGGUUUGAGUGGAUCAUAAAGAAUAUGAAUAUUUCCAUUGAUCUGAUAGUUUACCUGCAGACCUCUCCUGAAAUAUGUUAUGAGAGGCUGAAAAGGAGGUGCAGGGAUGAAGAGAAAGUCAUUCCCGUGGAAUCUGAUUGGCCACUUUGAGGAAACAGGACACUGGACUAGAUAGCCUGAUCCACCAGGGCUCUUCUUACGUUCUUAAGAAGAGCUAACCACAUCGAAUGGAAGCGUUCGGUAUUUAUUUCAACUGGUUUGCAUUUUGCAUCCGGAUUAUACGAAUCAGUAUGAAUUGAAUUCUUCCAACUACAUCAGUGUUCAUUGAUCAGACUAUGUCUUAGUCUUACGAGUUUUGUGUCUGCUGUAACAAACCUCUUUC